AUACAGCAUGGACUUAUGAUGAUGACAUGGAUCCCCACUCCUGUCCCAGACGAACAAUGUUUUGAGUCUAUGAAAGCUGGCAUGGACAAAUUACCUCCUGGGGUGAAGAUGGUGCUCAACAGUGCGGAGUUCUAUGGUUUCAACCCUCCCGAGGCCAACCUAGAGCUCAUUGCGCGUUUCUUCGAGAAGUACCCCGAGUACGUUGAAAAAGCGUUUUUGGUCGUUAAGGUGUGCCUCGGUUCUUCUCCGUCUGGUAGUCAUCCCGAAGGCCUGCGUGCCUCAGUCGAGAACUGUCUUGCCAAACUCCGCGGUACACACGCGAUCGAUGUUUUCGAGCCCGCGAGGAUGGAACAGUCGAAAUUCCCACUCGAAGAUGUGAUGCGUACUUUGAAGGCCCUGAAGGAGGAGGGCCUCUUCAAGGACGUCGGGUUGUCGGAAGUUGGAGGAGAGACGAUCAGGAGAGCGAGCAAGAUCCUUCCCAUUGUGACUUGCGAGAUCGAAGUCAGCUUGUGGAGCUAUGAAGAGGAAACUAAGAAUGUCAUUGCAGCCUGCAAGGAGAACAACGUCGCCAUCCUUGCUUACUCGCCUCUCGGCAGAGGUUUCUUGACUGGCAAAAUCACAAAGAAUGAUGAUCUCGAGGAGGGAGAUAUCCGCAAACGCUACACCCGCUUCAGCGAUGAGGUGAUGAAGAAUAAUGCCGCCGUGGUCGACGCGCUCAAAGCCCUUGCCGCCAAAAAAGGGUGCACGUCUGCUCAGCUUUGCAUCGCUUGGGUGUCCUCCCUUGGGCAGCAUAUCAUUCCCAUCCCGGGCUCUUCGAAGGCGGAACGUACGCUCGAGAAUAUGGUCGGUGGUGAGAUAGUUCUCAGCGCUGAAGACUUGAAGGAGAUCGAUGCUCUCUUGGCAAAGCAUCCUGUGCAAGGGUCCCGGUACAUCGAUGGUGUGCCAUCGCAGGUAUUGCACCUCUGGGGUUGA